AUGUCAUCAUUCAUAAACGAAGCCGCUUGGCUGCAGAGUGCAGAUUCCCGAUCUGUUCAGGUUGGACCUGGACCAGCGCCAAAUCCCUCAGAGGAUGAGGUGGUGAUCAAGGUUGCCUAUGCAGCUGUCAACCCCGUGGAUUGGAAGAUACAAGACGCACCAGGUGGCCUAAUUGAAUACCCCUUUAUCCUCGGCACCGAUGUUGCGGGCUCUGUGGUGCAAGUAGGUUCAAAGGUAACCCAGUUCGAAGUCGGUCAGAGGGUAAUAAGUCACUGCGACGGGCUACUCACUAAAAAAGCGACGAAUAUGGGAUUCCAGCUAUACAGCACCUGCAACGUGCACCUGGUAUCCCAUGUCCCGGACUCCUUGCCCUUACUAAAUGCCGCUGUUCUCCCAAUCUCAGUUGAUACUGCCGCGACAGCACUCUAUGUUCAACUAGAUCUGCCGUUACCUUCGCUUGCACCUUCGGCAACUGGAAAGAAGAUUCUCCUUUGGGGAGGUGCCUCCUCGGUUGGCAGUUCCGCUAUACAGCUUGCUGUUGCAUCUGGUCUCGAGGUCGUGACUACAGCCAGCAGUGCAAACCAUGAGUAUGUGAAAAGCCUCGGCGCUUCCUAUGCCUUCGAUUACAAGGACUCUAGCGCGGUUGAUCAGAUUAUCAGCCUUCUGAAACCGGGUGAUUAUAUUGUCGAUUGUAUCGCCUCAAAGGAAACACAAACUACGUGUGGCGACAUUCUUCAGAAAAUCGGCGGAGGCAAACUUCCGGUCGUCAAUUACCCGGGGGUAACGUUCCCCGACAAUGUGACGCCUGCUAUGGUCAUCUGUCUGGACCCUGGCUUUUCUGCUGCGCAUGUGGGUGAUGCCAUUUGGCACAAUUUUAUGCCUUCGGCACUUGCUGCUGGCAAAUUUCAAGCAAAGCCGGAUCCUCGGCUGAUUCAGGGUGGAUUGAGUAAGGUCCAGGAGGGUAUUGACCUUAUGCGAGAGGGUGUUUCAGCCAAGAAGCUUGUCAUUGAGAUUUCUACUGAGUGA